GUUAAGCUCAGCAGGCACCAGGAGAACAGAGUGGGGAGAGAAGCUCCCUGCCUUAGGGAUAACCAAGCAGCUCUGCUCCUCCACAGGGACGAGGGAUUCUGCCACCUAACAAGAUCUGACUCUUUGCCCCUGUGGCUGCUCCUGCCUCCAGCUGGGGAACAAACAGGUGCAACAUCAUAUCAAAUUUGCUUUGGCAAGAUACUCAACUUCAGCAACAGGUGAGCUUCAAACUCUUGCCACCUGGCUGAAGGCCUCGACGGCCUCCAAGGAUGAGUGCUAGGAAACCGGAAUACAAAACCUCCUCCAGGAAAACAACAUUGUUUUGAGACAUUUCUACGACGACUGCUGCUGCUGCUGCUGCUGGAAGGAUUUCAGAAGCAGACAUCUCCAUCUGUUUCAUUCUGCUGUACGCGAGGCCGAGUUUGUGAAAUUGUGUCCGUUGUGGUCCAUUGUUACAGGGUUUGCUGACCAGACAUACGCGGCUUCCUCUCAUGUCAGGUGUGUCUGAAAGGUGUUUGUGUGAGCAUGUACUCAAAGCAAUGGGUGCUCAUGAGAGCUUAUAAUUGAAUCUAAGUGUGUUGCUAUUGGGAGCCACUGGGGACAUUGUCUACUUGGUGCAUGUGUGUGUGUGUGUGUGUGUGUGUGUGAGGGUGUGAUGAUUUUGUUCAUGUGUAUGAUACAAGUCAGAAGUGCUUGAAGAGUGAGUGAGAGAGUGAGUGAGUGAGUGAGUAGGUGUUUGUGUUUGAGGUGGUGGGGCCCUGUGGAGGUUGUAGCCCUGGAUUUCCCAGAGAUGGAGGGUCAUGGUUAUGACCGCUUUGGAGAUGGAGAGAGGGACACUUACCAGAUUGAUUACCGGAGGAUUGUGGGCGACAUGGAGCCAGCACGGCCUCGCAUCUCAAACAGAGACGGGGAACAAGCCCCCGCCUUUGGCGCCUACGCCCACCCGGCGCCACAUGGACACGGGCAUGAGACUGCGGCCCAGCGAUACAGUGCUACACGGAUCCAAGCUGGAUUUGAACCCGAAAGCAUGGCUGACUACUUGAUCAGUGGAGGCACAGGUUAUGUUCCUGAAGACGGUUUAACAGCACAGCAACUCUUCUCCAUUGGUGACGGACUCACAUACAAUGACUUUUUGAUCCUGCCUGGCUUCAUAGAUUUCACAUCUGAUGAGGUGGAUCUAACAUCUGCGCUGACAAGGAAGAUCACCCUGAAGACGCCGCUCAUUUCGUCUCCCAUGGAUACCGUCACAGAGUCAUCUAUGGCCAUCGCCAUGGCACUGAUGGGUGGGAUUGGCAUCAUUCAUCAUAACUGCACAGUAGAGUUGCAGGCUAAUGAGGUGCGCAAAGUCAAGAAAUUUGAGCAGGGCUUCAUUACAGACCCGGUGGUGAUGAGUCCCCGACACACAGUGGGCGACGUGUUCGAGGCCAAGACACGCCAUGGUUUCUCUGGGAUCCCCGUUACAGAAACUGGCCAGAUGGGCAGCAAGCUGGUCGGCAUCGUCACCUCCAGAGACAUUGACUUCCUGUCUGAGAAGGACCACGACAAACCGCUGGAGGAGGCAAUGACAAAAAGAGAAGAUUUAGUUGUUGCACCAGCUGGAGUCACACUGAAGGAGGCUAAUGAUAUACUGCAACGGAGCAAAAAAGGUAAGCUCCCGAUAGUGAACGACAGUGAUGAGCUGGUGGCCAUCAUUGCUCGGACUGACUUAAAGAAGAACAGAGACUACCCCUUGGCUUCUAAGGACUCCCGCAAGCAGCUUUUGUGCGGGGCUGCCAUCGGCACCAGGGAGGAUGACAAAUACAGACUGGACAUCCUAGUGCAGGCUGGGGUGGAUGUGGUCGUCCUGGACUCCUCCCAAGGAAACUCAGUGUAUCAGAUCAACAUGAUAAACUACAUCAAACAGAAGUACCCUGAGCUGCAGGUGGUCGGAGGAAAUGUGGUGACAGCUGCUCAGGCCAAGAACCUCAUAGAUGCAGGUGUGGAUGCUCUGAGAGUGGGCAUGGGAUGUGGCUCCAUCUGUAUCACCCAGGAAGUGAUGGCCUGUGGACGACCCCAAGGAACAUCAGUGUACAAGGUGGCAGAAUACGCUCGUCGCUUUGGAGUGCCGGUGAUUGCUGAUGGAGGAAUUCAGACGGUUGGACAUGUGGUUAAAGCUCUGGCCCUGGGAGCAUCAACGGUGAUGAUGGGGUCGUUGCUGGCGGCAACCACUGAAGCUCCAGGAGAGUAUUUCUUUUCAGAUGGUGUGCGUCUGAAGAAGUACAGAGGAAUGGGCUCGCUGGACGCCAUGGAGAAAAACAACAGUCAGAAACGCUACUUCAGUGAGGGAGAUAAAGUCAAGGUGGCCCAAGGUGUGUCAGGCUCAGUACAAGAUAAAGGCUCCAUCCAUAAAUUUGCUCCUUACCUCAUCGCUGGCAUCCAACAUGGCUGUCAGGACAUAGGAGCCAAGAGUUUGUCCAUUUUACGGUCGAUGAUGUAUUCUGGAGAGCUGAAGUUUGAGAAGAGGACCAUGUCUGCUCAAAUGGAGGGAGGAGUUCAUGGCCUCCACUCAUUUUCUUAUGUGCCAUUUAUGAAAAGCGGCUUUACUGAGUCGUCAGGAAAGGGAAACGCUCGAUCGGGACCUACCAUUCCAACCCCAGCAGCCACGAACAGAUGCAGUGGGCACAUGUGACCAAACUACACGCCACAAGAAGCUGUUGUCGUCACCUGGCAAUACUUGUUUGUGUUCUCCUUGUCUGUUCCAUCUCUAACACCUUUAAGUUUAGAUCAAACUACUUCAAUCUGAGUCUGAAGGUUAAGGGAGGGUCACACCUGUUAAAGGACAUAUGAACUCUGUCUUCCUCUGGCUGAGGCCAAGGUGUAGUGAGGUUAAUGUGAUUACUCUGUUCAUCCCUUAUUAUAGCUGAGCUCUGAAAUCCGCCCUUAGUAUUGAGUAUACAAGAAAUCUUGCAGUUUUAGCCUUUUCUUUCCCUGCUCAUUCAAUAUCCCACAAGUGUUGUUAUAGGAAAUCAGGAAUCCAUAUAUAUGUAUAUAUAUACAUAUACAUAUAUAUAUAUAUAUGACAUUACAAAAAGCAACUUAGUCUUUGACAAAAUGUCUCACAUUUUAUUAAUGAUAAAUGUUGUAAAAAGCACAUGUAAAAUGAUCUAAUAUACUAACAUACCAGUAUUUAGACAUGGCCACACCAUAUUUUCUAGCCUGUGAUCUUGUGUAUAAAUCUUACUGGGUCAAAGGUCAUAUUUUCAGUUUCUUCUUAUUGCAUUGCAUAGUACAUCUAUCCGUCCGUCCAUCCAUUCAUCCAUACACUACUUUAUUCUCCACACAUGUAUUUUCUCUUUGUGAAAAUGAGGGUGUUACAGUGUAACUCACCCUGCAUGACAAACCAGGAAUCAGCCUUAAUUCACCUUUCCAUGAUUAUUACAAUGAGCACCACAAAGGAGCAAACACCUGAUAAUGACACUCUGGAUUUCACCUUAUUUGCAAUAGAACGUACUGGAUAACAAACGGUCUUGGUAACAAACACAGGAUAGAAUCCUAUACUUUUAAAUAAUCUAAUGAUCAGUCUAUACAAUAUACUCAUAUAUAUUCACACAUGUUGGGAUCUCCAUAAUGUAAGUUUGCAAAGGCAUAUUGUAAAUCACAUGGCUAUUGAAUGUACAUAUAUAAGUUAUGUGUCUCAUUUUCCGACUCACUACUUAAAAACAGAGCCAAUGAGUCAGUUGAGCAAAGCCAGGUCACCCAAGUUAGAUUGUUUUGUAGAAUUAUAGAUGUUUUGGGCAAUUUUAAAAUAAGAUUUCUUCAUUUUGUCAAAACUACGACUAUCUUUGGUAUGAAAUAUGUCACUAUGUCAUAUAAACACUGGAUCUUUAUUUGGCAAUCGUGCAGCCAGUUGAUUGAUGAUUACAGAUUAUACAGAAAUUGUGAAUGUAUUUUUGUUUUAUCCAAUUAAAGGAUUCUGAAUUAUUAAGUGUACAUAGUGUUGCAUUAAUAAAGGUUAUUUUAACAUUGGAA